AUAGUGUGGUUUAUUCCUCCAAACUAAAUCUAAAAGUUUCAUGUCUACUACUUUCAUUGUUGCUUGGGGAACAUCCAAUGCCAUUACAGUACAUGCUAGUCUUGAUAAAGCAAUACGCCUGUUGAAAUCUACAAAUCCAGCAGUGUUAGUAGUUGUGGGUGCUUCACUGCCCUAUAAUCCGCUUCAUUGUCAAUUGACAGUGAGUCUCUUCGGAGCGGUCGACAUCUUGAAUUGGAGUAAGAAGUCACUCCUCAUGGCCUGUUAUGACUGAGAGGCUGCCAUCAUGAUUGGAGGAUUGUUCAUCUACAACCACAAGGGGGAGGUGCUGAUCUCCCGCGUCUACCGUGAUGAUAUAGGGCGCAACGCAGUGGAUGCGUUCCGCGUGAACGUGAUCCAUGCGCGGCAGCAGGUGCGCUCGCCGGUCACCAACAUUGCCCGCACCAGCUUCUUCCAUGUCAAGCGCUCCAACAUCUGGCUGGCGGCGGUCACCAAGCAGAAUGUCAACGCUGCCAUGGUGUUCGAGUUCCUCUACAAGAUGUGCGACGUCAUGACGGCCUACUUCGGCAAGAUCAGCGAGGAGAACAUCAAGAACAACUUUGUGCUGAUCUACGAGCUGCUGGACGAGAUCCUGGACUUUGGCUACCCCCAGAACUCGGAGACUGGCGCACUGAAGACCUUCAUCACUCAAACAGGCAUCAAGAGCCAGCACCAUUCCAAGGAGGAGCAGUCUCAGAUCACCAGUCAGGUGACAGGGCAGAUUGGCUGGCGUCGCGAGGGCAUCAAGUACCGUCGCAACGAGCUCUUCCUGGACGUGCUGGAGAGCGUCAACCUGCUGAUGUCCCCACAAGGCCAGGUGCUGAGCGCCCACGUCUCGGGCCGCGUGGUGAUGAAGAGCUACCUGAGCGGCAUGCCGGAGUGUAAAUUUGGAAUGAACGACAAGAUCGUCAUCGACAAACAGGGCAAAGGGGGCGCCACUGAGGAGGCGGCGGGCAAGAGUGGCGGUGGUGGCGGUAAGCAAUCCAUAGCCAUUGAUGACUGUACAUUCCACCAGUGUGUGCGUCUCAGCAAGUUUGACGCUGAGCGCAGCAUCAGCUUCAUUCCUCCGGACGGAGAAUGUGAACUCAUGAGGUACCGCACCACCAAGGACAUCAUCCUACCCUUCCGUGUCAUCCCCCUUGUCAGGGAGGUGGGCCGCACCAAGCUUGAAGUCAAGGUGGUCAUUAAGUCCAACUUCAAGCCCUCGCUUCUGGCUCAGAAGAUUGAGGUGCGCAUCCCCACCCCUCUCAACACCAGCGGGGUCCAGGUGAUCUGCAUGAAGGGCAAGGCCAAGUACAAGGCCAGCGAGAACGCCAUCGUCUGGAAGAUCAAGCGUAUGGCAGGGAUGAAGGAGUCUCAAAUCAGUGCUGAGAUCGAGCUGCUGCCCACCAACGACAAGAAGAAGUGGGCGCGCCCUCCCAUCUCCAUGAACUUUGAGGUGCCAUUUGCUCCGUCCGGACUCAAGGUGCGCUACCUGAAGGUGUUCGAGCCCAAGCUGAACUACAGUGACCACGACGUCAUCAAAUGGGUGCGCUAUAUCGGCCGCAGCGGCAUUUACGAGACACGCUGCUAACCGCCACCUCACAAUCGGGUGGAAAGAGGGACGCAACAGGGAAGAGGCUGGACCAAGGGAGGGAGCGAAAGACGACAACAUGGGAUCGUUUCUUAGUCUUUUUUUCCCCCCAGAAUGGCUGACAAGUGAAAAAAAAUCUAUAUAUUGAAAAUUAUUAUAUUACUAAACGCAUAUAUAUAUAUAAAUAAUGCAAACAUCCUGUGAAGUACAAAAAAUACCAUCUGCAUCUAAAGGUUUUUUCCCCUUUUUAAUCUAAACAAAAAAUCCAUUCCACCCCCAUGAUAUGUUGUUUACUAUUCCUGUACAACCCAUCUAUUCCCCAUGGCACUGAAUUAGUGGACGACUGUACCCCUUGCCCAUAACCAUAGAUCUAGAAUCAGAUCACGCACCAUACCCUCAAUCCUAAUGUAUUAGGAGGAUAAACAAAGUAUCUGACCAUGUAUCAUUGGCUUAGGAGUAACUGCUACCCUCCCUCCCUUGAUGCUGGCAUAGGAGUGUGUGUGUCGCUCUUCUGUUCUCCUGUAGCAACUAACGUCUCCUGUUCCACCUCUCUCUCCCCAGCCCUGCCCGUGUAUCUAUAUCUAACCGGCGGAGUCACUCUUUAGCCUAGUGUGUAGUUUUCAGCCAUAUGUGGUGUAGAUGCAUCCGUUAAGUGUCAUGCCGUUUUCAGUACAUUUUAUACGUUUUGUUAUUUUAACACCCGGCCUUCCCCGAGUAUUUUAGUCAUGAAUCGUCUUGUGUUUUUGUAGUUAGUGCUUUGUCGUGCUUCUCUAAAGCUCUCUGGCCACCAUUGCAUCGCGCUGUCUUGCGGUCUUAUCCCACACCCUUAGUCCUCCUCUACUAUUUCCCAUAGCUGGUGGUGUCAUUGUUAUUAUGAUUCUUCCUGACGCAGGUAUCAUUUUGCUGUAGUUCCUGUCAUUUUCUGUCUUAAGUGCUGCAGAGAUUCCUUCUGUGUGACCAAAAUUGUCAGUUUUAGGAACAAAAAAAUGUAGCGAUGACAAUAGACGGGACACAUCAGUCUAUGAAUAUAAAUAUAUAUAAACACAUCUCUAUAUUGUAUGAAUGGUAAAAAUGUCGAGCAGAGCCAGUUGUUACGGUCUCAAUGGUCUGCUGUUAGGGAUGGUGUUUGUGUAGGAGACGCAGUUGAGCAGAUCUGUUUGUGUGUGUGUGUGUGUGUGUGUGUGUGUGUGUGUGUGUGUGUGUGUGUGUGUGUGUGUGUGUGUGUGUGUGUGUGUGUGUGUGUGUGUGUGUGUGUGUGUGUGUGUGUGUGUGUGUGUGUGUGUGUGUGUGUGCGUGCGUGCGCGUGCGUGCGUUGCUAUUGUUCCCCAGGACCACGAUCUGCUGAACAUGUCUCGGGAGUCUGAAAUUCUGGCUGCAAAUUCCCAGUUCUGAUCCCGACUGGAAGUCUGACCCUCCCAUCUGCUUUACAUUAGCAUGGGUGUAUUUCUUGACCAGUUAAAGGGAUAGUUCAACAAAUUACAAUGGCAUUGGUUUCCUUACCCUGUAAGUAGUCUAUGGACAAGUUAUGACAACAACAUGCUUUGGUUUAGUUUCCCUGUCACUAUUAUCAAAUGCUAAUGUUUUAUCAUUUGUGGCACAAAUCCCAUUCAUGUCAUGGGACCGAUAUUAGCAUUUGUCGCGCAUCAUGUUCAAGUUAAUUUGUGAUCCAUUUGGACAUGAUGCAUGAAAAAAGAUAAUUCACAAAAUUCCCAAAUUCCUAUGGGCCCUGGCCAGAAGUAGUGCACUAUAUAGGCAAUAGGUUGCCAAUUGAGACCUAGUCUUCCUCUCUGGUCAAUGCCCACUAUGUCAUGCCACACCCUGAGAGAUGGGGAGGGAGAGUCCUGGGGGCUUGACCCUCUGCUUCAAUGUUUCCAUGGGAUCCAUUUGGUAACUAUGUGACUGUCAAGGUAAUCCAAAUAAAAAAGGUGUAACCAA